AUGGCGGCAGACGGCGACGCACCGCCUCCAGAAGGGAGCAAAGACCAAGCCACCGAGCGGCUGAACCAGGUCUCGUCGCAUAUAGCACCAUCGACCGAAAAACCGCAGAAGAUAAAAUCAAACUCGAAGGCCGCAGCUUCCCGUCUCCCAGCAGAUUACUCUGAUGUUUUAGGUCAAAUUGCCACCCUCCGCGCAAUUGCCGCAAAGCCAGACCCUAACCACCGUGGCUAUGUACGACAGAAGCAAGCCGGAAAGCUGUGGGUUCGAGAACGUAUAGAGCAGCUUCUCGAUCCUAGCACAUUCCAGGAAAUUGGUUCUGUCUCCGGAACAGUGACAUGGGAGAAGACCGCGCCUAUGCGAGAGAAGCCGGUUUCGUUUGUACCAAGCAAUAACGUCCAAGGAGCGGGUAUGCUCCGGGGCAGAAAGGUUUUACUCACGGCAGACGACUUCAGUAUCCGGUCUGGGCAUGCAGAUGGCGCAACUGCUGGGAAGACGGUCUACGUCGAGAAGUUAGCGGUCGCGCUAAGGUUGCCAGUCAUUAAGCUAGUGGAUGGCAGCUCCGGUGGAGGCAGCGUAACGACUAUCCGCAAGGAGGGAUGGAGUUAUCUUCCCCAUGUGUCUCCAUUUAUACCAAUGGUACAGCAAUUGAACAUGGGAAUUCCGAAUCUCGGUGCAGUUGUCGGACCUGCUAUUGGCCUAGGCGCCGCGAGGGUAGUCUCUUGCCACUUCUCCGUCAUGGCAGCAGAUAUCGGCUCGCUCUUCAAUGCUGGUCCUAAAGUCGUGGAAGGCGCAACAUUCGAAGAGGAUCUUAAUUUCCAGGACUUAGGAGGACCGAUGGUGCACUGUACAAAUGGCACUAUUGACAACCUAGCUGCCAACGAAACCGAAUGUUACGAGCAACUACGUAGGGUCUUGAGUUACCUUCCUAACUCUGGUAGCGAAGCACCUCCUGUGAUUCCUUCUAAUGACCCAGAAGACCGUGAAGACAUCGGAUUACGCAGCAUAAUCCCACGGCGGCAAGCGCGCAUGUAUAAUCCCCGCACCGUCAUUCAAUCCGUGGUCGAUAAAGAUUCAUGGUUUGAGAUUGGAGCCUUAUGGGGACGAACCGCUAUCGGUGGACUCGCACGCCUCGGUGGACGUCCUAUCGGUGUGAUCUCGCUCAAUUGCGAAGUGAACGGUGGUGCCCUAGAUGCGGCCGGUAGCCAGAAAUUGACUCGGCUACUAAAGCUGUGCGAUGUCAUGAACUUGCCUAUUCUACAGUUUAUCGAUGUCCCGGGCUACGCCAUUGGUACCGUUGCUGAGCGCACCGCCACUAUGCGCUGGGGGGUAGAGCUCGCAAAGGCAUACUUUAGCACCACAGUGCCGGUCUUCAACCUCGUGACGCGGCGCGCAUUUGGGGUAGCCGGCGGCGUCAUGCUUUAUUGUCGUGAUCCUGUCAUGCAGGCUGCAUGGCCGUCCGGUCAAUGGGGCUCACUUCCUCUAGACGGGGGUAUUGAGGUCGGGCAUCGGCAUGAGCUUCGUGAGGCUGAGAAGGAAGGUAAGAAAGAGGAACUCUAUAAAGAGCUGGAAGAGGAGUAUCUUCGCCUAAUGAAUCCAGUCCGGACGGCCAAUGCCUUUGGAGUGGAGGAGAUUAUUGACCCUAAGGACUCGAGACGGGUUUGUUGUGCUUGGGCUUCGCAUGUCUACGAGGUGCUUAUGCAUGAACGAUUGCUGGACCGGGCCAAUGGCAAAAUCCGGCCUUCUUUUGCUUGA